AUGCUGGAUGAUUUUGUGGAUCUCUCAUUGAAAAUCAAAAAGGAUCCAAGCACCUAUGUGGAUGAAUACAUUAAGAAGAUUCAUUACACCAAUUCACUCCUACAACUCAACAAGAUUCCACUAUCAGAAUUAAAGCAGGUGCUACUCUUCAUAAUCAGAAAUGGAAUAAGAUACAAGGAGAAUGCAAUAAGACAUCACAUCCGUGACAUCAUCUACUACAAGAAUAAUACAACAGUUUUCAGCCUAUUCAAUUACAAAGAAAAACAACCACUGCUAAAUGAACUGAUUCUACUGCGUAAGUAUGAAGUCAUUACAGGUGUGGAGUUCUUUGAUAUUUUAAUUGAUAACGCAUUCAGUUGUGAUAAAAUGGUGGAAUAUAUGGAUGAGAAUGUAGUAUCAGUGCUGACAAAAUACUAUUUUAGCACAGAUAACUGCAAAACAAAACGAGUCACAUACUAUUACACUAUGAAAUAUUUGGAAAAAUACGGUUUCAAGGAAGAAUUGGGCAAUUUGCUACUUGAUCCCAUUAGCAAAUAUCAUCCCAAAAUAACCAAAUACGCACUCCUCUAUUUCAAUGAUGCGCUUGAUAUCAAAAUAUGUGAUUUUGAUGCUGAUUUCCACAACAGAUUGAUUAGUACAAUUUAUUCAUUGAUAGUGAAUUGCAAGGAUGAAAACAUCAAACUGUAUGUUGAAAUAUACACCAAACUAUCUAAUGAUAGAGAUAGCAUUCAUCUUGAUAACAUUCCAGUAAUUAGAAAAUUGAUCAAUCAAAUUGACCUGAAUAGUCACAUUGCACUAAUUAAUCAGGUGAUACAGAAGUGCGAUAUCAAUGAAGUUUCCAGAGUAUUAAGAAUAAUUGAUGAAGAAAUGUUGAAUUAUAGAGAAGAUGAUGUGGUAGCACAGGGAAUGAAUUUACUACGGGAAAUAUACAAGAGAUAUAUGAACACUGAACAGUGUAAAAUAAAGAAUGAGGUAUUACAAAUAGCAAGCAGAUAUGAGAAUAGCAAAAUAAGGAGCGUUGAAUUUGGAUACAGAAGCAUCAUUAAUUUGAGUAAGAAGAAAACACAAAUUGAUCAGGAAAAUAGAGAAAAUGAUACAGAACAGGAAUCUAUUGAGGAGAAUGAGUUUAAAAUCCAUCGUAAACCAACAAGAGAAGAGAAAGAGACCAAAAGAAAAGAAGGACAGUUACGAUCGAAAGAAAAAAGAAAAGAAAACAAUGGAAACAAGAAGAAAAAUAGUCACAAGAAAGGAAGAAGCAAAAAGAGUGCACGUUCAAGACUAUUCAAGACCAAAAAGAAACAGUAG